AUGCGCGGAAGACGCAGCCUUGACGCGCCGCCGCCCUCCGAGCCAGCGCCGCAUCGCCACCACAAGAACGUGCAGCGCAGCAGGCGCCGCUCGGAGCUUCGGGCAGAGGUCGCGGCUGCAACCUCGAUCGACGAGGCGCUCGAGGGCGUGCGGGCUGGUGGCGAGGGCGCCGAGGCGGCGGCACGGUCGGUUCUCAGACUCAGCGGCGAGCCAUCUUGCUGUGAGCUCGCGGUGCGCGGCUUGCCUGCGCUGGUCGAGUGCCUCCGAUCCGGCGACGUGCAGGCGGCGCGGCCUUGCGCCAAGGCGCUCGCGAGGCUCUGCGCCGGAGCUGCAGAGCGGCAGGACGCAGCGCUGGCGGCAGGCACGCUGGGGGCGGUCGUGGACUGCCUCGCCGCGCACGGCGGUGACCCUUCCGCCGUGGCCGCCUGCGGCCUCCUCCUUCAGCACUUGGCGACCGGAGUGGGAGCGGCGGCGCGCCGAGCGGCGGCGAUGGAAGCCGGCGUGCUGCCAGCGGUUGCCGCGGUCGCGCGGCGGUGGGACGGGGACUGCGCGGCGAUCCUCGCCUGCCGCGCUGCCGUGCGGAGCUUGACCCGAGACUCAGCGGCACUGCAAUCCGCGGCGCGUACGCAGGGCGUUCCGGCGCAGUGGCUGUUGUGA